AUGCAGUCCAAAUUUCAGGAGGAUUUAAAAUGCAAUUUAAAUAAAUUUCGUCAGGAUAAAUUGGAGUAUUGUAAUGAAUAUAAAUUUGCUGGUCCUAUGCAGUCAGGACUUUCCCCGAGAGAAGCUUCUGACAGACUAUUGCUAUUUCAGAACAGAUUUGAUGGCAUGUGGAGAAAAUUACAAACUUACCAAAGUGGUGAAGAAUUGUUUGGGUUACCUCAAACUGAUUAUCCAGAUUUAGUACAAAUUCGAAAAGAGUUAAAUCUUUUGCAAAAACUUUAUAAACUAUAUAACGAUGUUAUUGAUAGAGUUAGUAGCUAUUAUGACAUACCUUGGGGGGAGGACAUUUGUAUAUCUGCAAUGAAAGAAAAAGAUAUUGAAGCAAAGUUAAGACAAGUAACUAAUGAAUGGUCCGUUCACGAACUUACUUUUCAAAGUUUUAAUAAUAGGGGAGAGCUUUUACUUAGAGGUGAUACUACAGCUGAAACAAUAGGCCAAUUAGAGGACAGUUUAAUGAUUUUAGGUUCUUUGUCAUCAAAUAGAUACAAUGCACCUUUUAAGAAGCAAAUUCAACAGUGGAGUUUUGAUUUAUCUAAUACUAAUGAAAUUCUUGAAAGGUGGUUGUUGGUUCAAAAUAUGUGGGUUUAUUUGGAAGCAGUUUUUGUUGGAGGAGAUAUUGCAAAACAAUUACCGAAAGAAGCUAAAAGGUUUUCAAAAAUUGAUAAAUCAUGGCAAAAAAUAAUGCAACGAGCUCAUGAGACACCAGGAGUUGUUAAUUGUUGUGUUGGUGAGUAG